AUGGUGAAAGUGACUGUUUUGGGUGCUGCUGGCGGGAUUGGCCAGCCAUUGUCUCUUAUGUUGAAGCUCAACCCGUAUAUCUCGGACCUGGCGUUGUACGACGUGGUGAACGUUUAUGGAAUCGGCACGGACUUGUCCCACAUUGAUACCGACACCAGGGUGACCUACCAUCUGAAGUCGGACGCGGGCGACACGGGGCUGGUGGAGUCAUUGAAAGGAUCGGACAUCGUGGUGAUUCCUGCGGGUGUUCCUAGAAAGCCCGGCAUGACCAGAGACGAUCUGUUCCAGAUCAACGCGGGCAUCAGCGCAGACAUCGCCUCUGCCAUCUCCGACACCUGUCCAGAUGCCUUUGUUCUUGUGAUCACCAACCCGGUCAACUCGAUCGUUCCAGUUUUUGCAGAGACGUUUAAAAAAAAGGGCACAUUUAAUCCUCGCAAGCUGUUUGGAGUCACCACUUUAGAUUCGGUCCGGUCCAACUCGUUUAUUGCGGAGCUGGCGUCCCACGAGGCCGACCAGGCCCCAACGUCGUAUAACAUCCGUGUUGUGGGUGGCCACGCGGGCGAGACGAUUGUUCCUUUGUACUCUGUGUGUGCUCCGCACGUUUACUUGCUAGAGCCUCCCGAAAAGAUGGACGAGCUCGUGCACAAGGUUCAGUACGCGGGAGACUUGGUUGUGAAGGCCAAGAAUGGAGGCGGCAGUGCCACGUUGUCCAUGGCGUACGCAGGCUACAAGUUUUUGCACGCUGUGCUGGCUUCCUCCACCACAGAGCAAAGCAUCAUCGAAUCCACAUACAUUUACCUGGACGACUCGAUUCCAGGAGCCAAGGAGACCAAGGCGCUCGUCAAGAGCAUCUCCGGCGGGGCAAGCCUGGACUACUUUGCUAUGCCGGUUGUUCUGAGUAAAGACGGUGUCAAGGAAAUCAAAAGCGAUAUCCUCACUAGAAUCAACGACAAGGAAAAAGAGCUGCUUCGUAUCUCGUGCAGAAAACUGGCUGGGAAUAUCAAAACAGGUCUCAACUUUGGACAAUAA